CAGACCUCAGUGCUCUGGAGGAGACUGGAUGCUGUGUUAAUUGCCUUCUGUGAUGGCUUCUGUGUGCUCCUGUCACCUUCCGUUUUCCUCAUGCUCAAAGUCUCCGAUUUUCAAACCUUUAUUCUCCUAUCACAAUGUUCCUUUAGGGGCGGGGCCUCUAAAAAGCGGAAAGCCCAGCAUCCUGCAUCUUACAUGGGCCGAGAGGCUGAGCAGAUCGGCACCUCUCCAACUGCGGAUUACCUGGCGACCACGUUGUGGGUAGAAGAGUCCUGCCUGCCGGCCAUGGAGCGCUGUGUGAGAGUGAAGUCUUGGGUAGAAGAGAAUCGGGCCUCCUUUCAGCCUCCGGUUUGCAACAAGCUUAUGCACCAGGAGCAGCUCAAAAUCAUGUUUGUCGGAGGCCCCAAUACCAGGAAGGAUUAUCACAUUGAAGAGGGUGAGGAGGUGUUUUACCAGCUGGAGGGAGAUAUGAUGCUCCGAGUCCUGGAGCAAGGAGAACACCGGGAUGUGGCUAUACAGCAGGGAGAGAUAUUCCUCCUGCCUGCCAGGGUGCCCCAUUCCCCACAGAGGUUUGCCAACACCAUGGGGCUGGUGAUUGAGAGAAGGCGGCUGGAGAGUGAGCUGGAUGGGCUGAGGUACUAUGUUGGGGACUCUGAGGAUGUCCUCUUCGAGAAAUGGUUCCACUGUAAGGACCUUGGGACGCAGUUAGCUCCCAUCAUCCAAGAGUUCUUCCACUCUGAGCAGUACCGGACAGGAAAGCCCAACCCCGACCAGCUGCUCAAGGAACCACCAUUCCCGCUGAGUUCACGAUCCAUCAUGAAGCCCAUGUCGCUGAAGGCCUGGCUGGAUGGCCACUCCAGGGAGCUUCAGGCAGGCACAUCCCUAAGCCUGUUUGGGGACAGCUAUGAGACCCAGGUCAUCGCCCAUGGACAAGGCAACAGCAAAGGCCCAAGGCAGGAUGUGGAUGUGUGGCUGUGGCAGCUGGAGGGCUCCUCUAAGGUGACAAUGGGAGGGCAGUGUGUGUCCCUGGACCCAGAUGACAGCCUGCUAGUUCCCGCUGGAAGCUCGUAUGUGUGGGAGCGAGCACAAGGCUCUGUGGCCUUGUCUGUGACACAAGACCCUGCCUGUAAGAAGCCACUGGAGUGACCCUCCUGUGUGGGCCCCAAGCAGCUACAGGGUGCCUGAGUGCUGUCCUAGCAGCUGCCCUUUCCAGACAGCUCUUUCAGCCUCGUUGCAUCUCUGUGGACAUCAGCAGGCCCCUUGCAUGGUCAUGCGUUGUCACUGGCAUCCACCCUCCUGCCAUGUUCAGCCCAGGAUGCCAGACCCCUAGGAUACCAUAAUUCCCCUCACUUCCAACAGCCACAGCCCUACACUGUCAGCUAGGUGUACAUAGCUGUCCCCAUGCGCCCAGCAGCCUGACACUAAGAAAUCUCUCAAUAAAGGCAUCCUCCUGAA